GGUCACUUGAACGAGAAUGGAGGACAAGCUCUUCGAGGAGGCUCUGGUGAUGGUACCCGAGAGAGUCGCCAACCGGUGGCAACUGAUCGCUGAUCGAGUGCCGGGAAAGUCGGCCGCGGACAUAAUGGUACACUUUGAGGAUUUGGUUCAUGAUGUUUUGGCGAUCGAGUCGGACCUGGUCGAGUUUCCGAGUAACUGGGAUGUGUCCUGUGGGUGCGAGACUGAGUCGAGCCCGAGUCAAAUACAGUCUGGAUCGUCGGGAAAGGUGGAAAGGAAGAAAGGAACUCCUUGGACCCAGGAAGAACACAGGUUAUUUCUAAUUGGGCUUGAUCGAUAUGGGAAGGGUGACUGGAGAAGCAUUUCAAGAAAUGUGGUUGUAACAACACCAACCCAAGUAGCUAGCCAUGCCCAAAAAUACUACCUUCGACAGACCUUGGUGAAUAAGGAGAGGAAGAGGUCAAGCAUCCAUGACAUGACCACCACUGCAGAUAGCACUACUGUACCUCCUCCAAGCAAUUUCCAUCAUCAAGGACAAGGAGGGUCCUUGGGUUAUCAGAACCCCAACUUUCCUACGCAAGGAUGAGGAAAAUAAUAGCUCCACACGCGAUACAUAGAAUGAUUACACGAAGUUAGAAAUCCAUUUUGUAAAAUUCUAUUCUUUCUUAGCUAGCAGAUCUCGGAAUCAGAGACUCAAAACAGAGUUUCUUAUUUUAAGUUCUUAGACAUGUGGGCUGAGGAUGAAUCUUUUUUGACACU